AAGUUACAGCAUUCCCAUUCCCAACUCGUUUGGUGAGCUGUCCCGAGCAGCUGCUGAAGUUUACAGAAGAACAACUUUCCUCGGUUGUUGAUAAAGUUUUAGAAGUGUAUGAAGAUGCGGUGGAGUAUAGAGGUGUUCAGAGUGUGUGUGGCGUGUUUAUCGUUGUGUGUGUCUGUGAUAAGCGCUUUUUCUCAGUCUCUGGACAGUGAUUUUACCUUCACUCUACCCGCCGGACGCAAAGAGUGCUUCUUCCAGAGUAUGAAGAAAGACGCUUCACUGGAGAUCGAGUACCAGGUUCUGGAUGGAGCCAGUCUAGAUGUGGACUUCAACUUGCACUCGCCCAGCGGUCACAUCGUAGCCUCUGACUACAGAAAGUCUGAUGGGGUUCAUACAGUGGAAACAGAAGAGGGAGACUACAUGUUCUGCUUUGAUAACACAUUCAGUGCUGUUUCUGAGAAAGUCAUCUUCUUUGAGUUGAUUUUGGACAAUAUGGGUGACGGCGAGGAAUCGGAGGACUGGAAAGCAUACGUUCAGGGAGCAGACCUUCUGGACAUGAAGCUGGAGGAUAUCUUGGACACCAUCAACAGCGUGAAAUCUCGACUGGGUAAGAGUCUUCAGAUCCAGACAUUGCUGAGAGCUUUCGAAGCCCGUGACCGCAACCUGCAAGAGAGCAACUACGAUCGAGUCAACCUGUGGUCGUGUACCAACCUUGCUGUCAUGGUGAUCGUGUCUUGCAUACAGGUCUACUUGCUGCGCAGCCUCUUCGACGACAAGAGGAAAGUGCGCACGUAGCCUCCUCUACUGACUGAAAAACACACAGACGCACCUCUGUCUCUCUCUGUGUCCCUUAACAUUAAGCUCCAUCCUCUGUUUCGUCCCAUCAAAGUGUCCUUGGACUGAUGAUAGCUGGAGUCUCUCCUUCUCCACUCUUUUAUCUCUCUUGCCUUGUUGUGAUGACGACAAUCAUUUUCUACUUGACUCAGCUGAUCAAAUGAGAGAUUGAAGUUGAUCUCUAAGCUGCUGCUAUGUGACGGAUCUAACCAGGAACAUGACUUCAUGAUGUUUUUAGACUAUCAGAGAACUAGUUUUGUGUUUUUGUAUGACACCAUGUUUUAUAGUUCACUGUAUCGUGUGUAGUUACUGAAAUCAUCCAGGCACUGAAAAGGAAAAUAAGUAUUUUGAAAUUACAGCAAUGUAAAGCGUUCAUGAGCCAUAUUAAUGUGUGAUUAAAAUAUUGACUGUU